AUGUCCAGCUCUCUCGAACAGCUCAAGGCCUCUGGCACCGUUGUCGUUUCUGACACUGGUGACUUUGCUGCCAUUGGCAAGUACAAGCCUCAGGAUGCCACCACCAACCCUUCUCUCAUCCUGGCCGCCUCCAAGAAGCCCGAGUACGCCAAGCUGAUAGAUGCUGCCAUUGCCUACGGCAAGGCUGAGGGCGGCGACCUCGACAGCCAGGUCGACCACGCUCUCGACCGCCUGCUGGUCGAGUUCGGCCGUGAGAUUCUCGCCAUCAUCCCCGGCAAGGUCUCCACCGAGGUUGACGCCCGAUUCUCCUUCGACACCCAGGCCUCCGUCAACAAGGCCCUGCGUAUCAUUCAGCUCUACAAGGAGCAGGGUAUCCCCAAGGAGCGUAUCCUGAUCAAGAUCGCCUCCACCUGGGAAGGCAUCAAGGCGGCCGAGAUCCUCCAGCGUGACCACGGCAUCAACUGCAACCUGACACUCAUGUUCUCCCUUCCCCAGGCCAUCGCUGCCGCCGAGGCCGGUGCCUUCCUCAUCUCCCCCUUCGUCGGCCGCAUCCUUGACUGGUUCAAGGCCAGCACCAAGAAGGAGUACUCCAAGGAGGAGGACCCCGGUGUUGCCUCCGUCAAGGGCAUCUUCAACUACUACAAGAAGUACGGCUACAAGACCAUUGUCAUGGGUGCUUCUUUCCGAAACACUGGAGAGAUCACCGAGCUCGCUGGCUGUGACUACUUGACCAUCUCCCCCAACCUUCUCGAGGAGCUCCUCAACUCCACCGAGGCCGUCCCCAAGAAGCUGGACGCCUCCGGCGCCUCUUCCCUGAACAUUGAGAAGAAGACCUACAUCAGCGACGAGUCCCUCUUCCGAUUCGACUUCAACGAGGACCAGAUGGCCGUCGAGAAGCUGCGCGAGGGUAUCAGCAAGUUCGCCGCCGACGCCGUCACCCUCAAGAACAUCCUCAAGCAGAAGCUGUCUGCAUAA